CAACAAUCGUUGUAUUCCCAUAGGGACAUAACGUAGUGGAAUAAUACCUCAAAAGAAUCAAGUAUUUAAAAAAAAGAAGGGUAAGACAACCAUGGAUAUGCUAGAUGAAGCAAUUACGGAGGUCAACAGAAAAAUUGAGAGAGAAAGAUCGGUGAUUCAUGGAGCACUUUCGAUGAAACGUUUGACACAAAAUCCGGCGGUUCAUCAACAACUUCAUAGUAAUAUUGAAGAAGCAAAAAAAAGCAUUAUAUAUUUAGAAGAACGGCUGGGGAAGCUACAACUUCGAAAGUCAGGAAGUUUCACGUCGACAGGGUCUUCAGAGCAGACACUGAAACUUCCGUAUACCAGUACGAACUCAUCGAAAAGUAUCUCUUCUGGUCUUUCCAAUGUCGACUCUAACUUGGAUUUAUUGAAUUACGAUACCCCUUUAACGAUCACCAAAAUCUCCUUCUUGUUACAGCAAUUGGAAUUCAAGCUUUCUGUGGAAGAACAAUAUCGAAGAGGCAUUGAAAAAAUGGCAAAGUUAUACGAGCGUGAGCACGACCGACGAAGCAUUGCUGAGGCGGAGAAGAAGUAUGAAGAGAGCGCACAAAAGAUUAGUUUACUUCAACAAUCAUUGAAACGUUAUCACGACUUGCAUAUUGAAAUUGAUGAUGAUGAUGUCCCUACUAAUGAAAGCCGGCUAAAUCUGAAUGCUCGGCGACCUCAAUCUGGUUUACUGAAAAUAACUGUAAACUCCAUACGAAAUGUCUCUCAUUCUGCUGGAUUAUCAAAGCAUACUGAGACGCUUGUAGUCAUUCGUGCCGAAGACCUUGAGCGCGCGAGGACAAGGUCUAGUCGGGCCGGCAAAUUUUAUGAUAGCUUCGAAAUCAAUCUUGAAAAAACUAAUGAAGUGGAAAUCAUUGUUUAUGAAAAAAAGAACGAAAAAGUCUUAUUACCCGUUGCAUUAUUAUGGGUCCGUCUUUCAGACUUAGUCGAAAAACAGCGCCGUAAAAAAGUCGAGCAAGAAGUAUCCGACAAAGGUUGGGUUAGUGCAGACCAUAUGCAAAACCAAAGAUUAUCUAUGUUUUUACCGUCGUCAUUAUCCUCUUCUAAACCGGAAUCUAUGUCUCCAAAGUCCCCAGAAGUAAACUCUAAAGUUAAUGGUUGGUUUUCUUUGGAGCCGUUAGGUCAAAUCCAUUUAACCAUGAAUUUCACUAAAAAUAAUGUCCGAAAGCGUCCCUUGGAUGCAAGGUUGGGUCGUCAAGGUGCAAUUCGUCAGCGCAAAGAAAGCGUGCACGAGGUUUACGGUCACCGUUUCUUACAGCAUCAAUUCUAUCAAAUAAUGCGCUGCGCUUUAUGCGGUGAGUUUCUAAAAAGUGCAAUUGGUAUGCAGUGUAAAGAUUGUCUUUACACAUGUCAUAGAAAAUGUUAUUCCAAGGUCGUAACAAAGUGCAUUUCAAAAUCAAGUGACUCAUUUUCAAGCGAAUAUGAAAAAAUAAAUCACAGAAUACCACAUCAUUUUGAGUCUCACACUAAUAUAGGAGCAAACUGGUGUUGUCAUUGUGGUUAUAUUCUCCCUUUUGGUCGUAAAAACGCUAGAAAAUGCACAGAAUGUGGCAUUACAGCGCACGCUCAAUGUGUUCAUUUAGUGCCCGAUUUUUGUGGAAUGUCAAUGGAAAUGGCUAAUCGGGUCCUUUCCGAAAUUCGGACUACUAAACAAAAAGCUGGUAAUUACAACAAGAAGUCUAAUCGCCCUGCACACAUCUCCAAGCAAGCACAUUCAGAAGAUAAGAUUAGUCGAACUUCUCCCGUUGGUACACUAAAUGAUACUCCUUCCACUCCUACAUCUCAGAAGUUUUCAAUCGAACCUAUAAAAAGAAAGCCGGUUCAUGCUGGUGCUAUGGAACUUUCUGUUAAGAAAGAUACAAAAGACCAAACGUCUGAAGGAUCAAAUCUCAAAGAAAUAUUCAAUCAAAAGGAGGCAGAUGCCUCUGUAAAGGAAGCAAAUGCCAUAGUUUCUUCUCAUGACAUUUCCGUCCCUGGUUUUACUUCUGACGGAAAACCAAAAAGGAUUGGUUUAGAAGAUUUUAAUUUUUUAACCGUCUUAGGAAAAGGAAAUUUUGGGAAGGUCAUGCUGGCCGAAUACAAGAGCAAUAAAGAGUUGUAUGCUAUUAAGGUGUUGAAGAAAAAAUUUAUAUUAGAAAAUGAUGAAGUUGAAAGUACUAAAUCAGAAAAACGCGUUUUUCUUGUUGCUAAUCGUGAGCGCCAUCCAUUCUUAGUAAAUCUUCAUUCUUGCUUCCAAACAGAGACAAGAAUUUAUUUCGUAAUGGACUUCGUUAGCGGAGGAGAUUUGAUGUUACACAUUCAGCAACAGCAAUUCUCUAGACGUCGUGCUCAAUUCUACGCUGCAGAAGUAUGCUUAGCAUUAAAAUAUUUCCAUGAUAAUGGUAUUAUAUAUCGAGAUUUGAAACUGGAUAACAUUCUCUUAAGUCCUGAUGGUCAUAUCAAGGUAGCAGAUUAUGGAUUAUGCAAGGAGGAUAUGUGGUACAAUAAUACGACUGCUACAUUUUGCGGAACACCUGAAUUUAUGGCUCCCGAAAUUUUAUUGGAGCAAAAUUAUACCCGUAGUGUGGACUGGUGGGCGUUCGGCGUUCUCAUAUAUCAAAUGCUUCUCGGUCAGUCACCAUUUAGAGGAGACGAUGAAGAAGAAAUAUUUGACGCUAUUUUAUCUGAUGAACCUUUAUAUCCCAUCCAUAUGCCCAGAGAUUCCGUUUCCAUAUUACAACAUCUACUCGCACGAGAUCCUAACAAGCGACUCGGGUCUGGCGAGAAUGACGCUGAAGAUGUUAUGGCACAUCCUUUUUUUAAUAACAUUAAUUGGGAUGAUAUUUAUCAUAAACAAACUCAGCCCCCUUAUAUCCCUCAACUAGAUUCUCAAACAGAUACCAAAUAUUUCGAUGAAGAGUUUACCCGAGAAUUGCCAGUCCUUACUCCAGUUCAAUCAGUUUUGACUGAUGAGAUGCAGGAAGAAUUUCGAGGUUUUUCUUACUUUAGUCAUGAUGAUUCGUCAUCUAUUAAAGCGUAAAUAUAUCUUAGAUGACAUGAUAAAAGUUCAUAAUAAUUUCUUUAAUUUUGUUGUCUUAAUAAAAAUUAUGAGAUGAUGCCUUCCUUCUUUUUUGAUCUUGUACAGUGCAAUAACGCAUUGUUUGAUGAAUAUUGUUUGAUACGCUGUUUUAAAUUUAUGAUCGCUAUCUAAAUUUUGGAUAGUUUCGAAAAUUUUUAUGUAUUUCAGAAUCACCUAUUUAUGUCACAUAAUAUAAACCUUUUUUUAAGGGGUCAAAUGCAAGAAGUCAACAUCACACUAACAGUGACUAAAUUAAUGCAUACCGGCAUGAGGAUCUUCAGCCUGUUGC